AUGGCGGCUCCACUCGUGGCGCCGUGGCUCACCUGUGUGGUUUUCCUCGCUGCAGCUGCAGUUCCGUGUGCUCGGUGCUUUCCGGAGGACGACCCUUCUUGUCCUAAAGGAGCUCGGAUCCACCCGUCCAGCUCGCGAUGCUAUUGGCUCUCUGAGGGGACGUCUCCGUGGCCCGAGGCCCGCGAUGCAUGCCGGGAGACUCACGGUGGAGAUCUGGCGUCCGCCGGCAGUCCGGAGCUGCAGGACUUCGUCCGUUACUCAUUUCCGGCGAAAACCACCGUGUGGAUUUGGCUGAAGGGGGAAGAAGGAUCUGAGCAGGCCGGAGGUCGGGGGGGCGUUUGCCCUCAGAUGGCCUUGGGGUCACCGGGACGGUGGAGGGAGGCUCGGUGUGUCGGACGCCACCGCUUCCUCUGUGAAAAGGAAGUAUCUGACUCGUUGCCCUCCGCGGACCACUACCUGACCGGAUCGGCCCUGCUGAGCGGCGUCUACGCUCGGACCCGAGCGCAGCCCCUCCCCAGCGCCCCGGACAUCGGGCAGCUCACGGUGGAGAUGCAGCUGUUCCCAGGGAUGUGGUUCAGUCACGCCGGUCAGCUGGUGUCAGCGGAGCUGGUGGUCCAGCCCAGUCCAGCGUCCUCUCUCGCCCGGGUCCAGAUCCUCCGACCCUACUGCAACCCCGACCACCACCUGGUGCCUCCAGGUUGCAGCUCUCUCCUCAACCCGUUCAGCUGCUGCUCGGCGGUGCCGCUGUGCAACACCACGGGGGGCUGCAGCGUGGGCCGGUACUGGUGCCCCCUGCUGGAGGGCUGCGUGCCCACCACCGGCCCCUGCAGUCCCUACGACCCCGCGGCGGCGGCCCGCGGCUUCCACUUGCCGCCCAGAUACCUUGCAAUACCGCCCUUUUACCACCUGGUGGCCGACCUGCCUCUGAGAAUAAACCCGAGCUCGGAACUCCGCAGUUUAAGCCUGCUCCUUCCCGACCGAGCCGUCGUCGUGUACCCCGAUGACGUCGUGGCCGUCCAGCACACUCGCGACUCCGGUGCGUUCCUGCAUUGCCUGCACGGCGACGCCUCUUUGAGCUCGCUGUGGCGCCAGAGUUACGUGUCCCUGAGGAGGGCGGAGUGGGGGGGCUGGUGGGAGGGGGGCCUCACCUCCCCGCCCCAAGGGGGCCGGUGGGUGGACGGGGCGGUGUGCGAUCUGAGGAUGCUCUACGUGGACAAUCUCCACGGAGCCGCCGAGCACGACGACGGCUUCAACCGGAGAGAGACGACCGCCGCCGCCCCGGAUGUUUGGGCCCUGACGACCGGUCCUGCUCCGAGAUCUCCGUCCGGGCUUCGAGUCGUUCACCCCGUGCCGGAUGAAGAGAACCGGAUCCACGUCCAGGUCGACGUCCCGACACUCGUUGUCGUCGAGGUCCCGUCUGGAGGGAAGGCCAGCAGCUCGUGGUCGGCUCCGGUUCUCCGGACCGGGGUGCCCUUCCUUCUAUCUUGCCCCGAGGAGGUGGCCGGCUGCGAGACGCGGUCCGGCGACGCCUGGUUCUCCUCCGCCACCCUGGUUCUGCCCGCGGUCGGCCUUCGAACGCUGACCAUCGACGUGGCGGAUGCAGCGAGCCCUCGGAGCGUGAGCCUGAGCGUCUGUGGCUACGAGGCCGUGGCGGGGCUCAGCGUGGAGCCACGAGGCUGCCGCCGGACGCUCGUCCACACGCCACAGAUAUUUAGAGCCGAAGUGGAGACCGGUUCCUCCGUAAAGUUCUCAUGGGUGAUUGACAACCUGGAGAAGUUUUCCUAUGAAGGAGAAUCGUACAGUUUGGUUUUCAAGAAACCUGCCCUGUAUAAUCUCAGGAGCCAACAGAUCCUCCUGACUGCCGACCAAUGGACCCCGCUGGCUGAGCCCGAGUUCCUAUUGGCCGAGGAGGUCGUGGCUGUGGACGCUCCACACCUCUACACCCUCAGGGUCAAAGUGGACAUCUCCCUGGCAGUCACCUUCAGAUGGGAUUUUGGGGACGGCGGUAUCGAGGUGAUCCACAACCACUCCGCUCCAUGUGAGACCAUGGAGGGGCUUACCGCGGGAGCAGAGAAGCAGGUAUACCUUCAGGACUCUGUGAACUACACCUAUCGCAUCCCAGACAACUACCCACUUCACGUCCUCGUCUCCAACCAACACGACAACACCGACGCGUCGCUGAAGAUAAGCGUCCGCCCGCAAUUAACUCACCUCCUCGUGUCCUCUUCCCUCUCCGUGGCCCUCGUCAAACAGACCCUCCUUCUGGAAGCUUUGGCGGAGCCCUCCGCCGACGCCGUGGUCUACACCUGGGACUUUGCCGACGGCUCUGAAACGGUCCACGGCGCCUACGUGAGCAGGGUCAGCCACACUUUUGCAUCUGCGGGAGUUUAUAACGUCAGCGUGUGUGCCAACAACACUCUUGCGGUCCUGACCGCGUGGCUCGUGGUGGAAGCUCUGGAGAACAUCUCUGGAUUGACGGUCAGCUGCAACGGACCCAGUGAACUCGGCUCUGGGACGGACUUCAGAGCGACGGUAGCCGCUGGUACGAGUCUCACGUGGAGUUUUGACUUUGGCGAUGGGUCCCUGCAGCAAAACCGGAGCGAUGGUUCCAUCUCCCAUGUCUAUGCAUUGCCAGGGAACUAUACAGUAGAUGUAAUUGUCUCCAAUUCUCUCAGCCAAGCUCGUCGGUCUAUCGGUGUAGAAGUCUACAGAUUGGCUGUUAGUGGAGUUUUUCCUCGAGAAUCCGUCAUGAGCGGAAGAGACGUACAAUUUACCGCUCGGCUGAAUGGGAACACGUCCGUUCUGACCUUCCAUUGGCUGUUUGGAGAUGGAUCGCCGUUGAGUGUGGUGAGGGGACGGUCGACGGCCAUGCACACGUUUCAAAGCCCUGGGAUUUGUUAUAUCAGCCUGACUGUGUUUAGUUCUGUUACGUUUGCAUCAUUUAAUACAAGUAUCUUUGUUGAAGCGCCAAUCGGCAACAUGACAGUGCUGGCAUCACAGGAAGUAGUAGCAGUCGGAGAAGAGACGUGCCUCCGGGUGUUAAUUUCCCCUUUACAGAUGAAUGGUUACCAAUUUGAAUGGUUUCUCAGCUCAUCUAGCCUCAUUGCCGUGACAGGAAACGCUCAAAAGUGUUUCAUAUUUCGAAAUGAAGGUGUUGAAGAGGUAUCGGUAACGGCGAGUAACAAAGUCAGCAACAAAACGGCCAGCGCUUGUAUCGCCGUUCAAACCCCCGUAAGUAACUUGUCCGUGGCGCACGACAGUGGAAGUGGCGCGCUGACAGUGAACACCGUAGCGUCAUUUUGGGUUGCCAGUUGCAGCGGCAGCAAUGUGUCGGUGCUGUGGGACUUUGGAGACGGGUCUCCGGUGGAACGGAGGCCGAAUGUGUCGCACGUCUUUACAUCGGCGGGUCGGUUCACAGUGAAAGCCACCGCAUUUAAUGUCGUUAGUCGUGAUUCUGUGACCCUUAAAGUCGAUGUUUUACUUAUUAUUCCAGACAUUUCCCUUCACACCGACCAGCCUUAUGCUGUCGUCGGGGAGGAAACUAUUAUCUCAGCAAUUAGCAGUGCUAUUAGUAGCACCAACUACCACUGGACUGUUGACGGUAUAACCUCUGCCAAACAGGGGACUUAUCAAUUUAGAUUGGCUUUCCCGAAACCAGGGGUUUAUCAAGUAAGGGUUCUGGCACAGAACUUGGUGAGCAGAAAGGAAGCAGCUAUUUUGAUUGAAGUCUUUGAAAGAAUCGAGGGUCUUCAGAUUGAAUGUCGGCGCCUGACGGACAUGAAAUACGUACCAACCCUGGAGAACCUGUUGUUUACUGCUUCAAUCGCCAAGGGGUCCAAUGUCACUUAUCACUGGCUUGCUACACAGAGCGGAUUAAACCGACAUAUCACUGGUGAUGGAGAGAUUUUUCAUAUGUUAGCCGAAACUCCUGGAGGGAUUUCAGUUCAGCUAAGAGCUUGUAACAAGUUGGGUGAGGCCACCAGCGUUGUUUCUUUGGGGGCAGUGCAGCUAGUAACAGGUGCACACAUUACGACUCAAUCCAACAUUGUGGCUUUAGGGAAAUUAGUGAACAUCUCUGUAUCCGUGGUAACUGGCUCAGACCUACGGUACCUUUGGUACGUGAAGUCUGAUCCGUCACCGCUGCAAACCGAAGCGCCCUUUCUCCUCCACACUUUUGCAAGUGUUGGUCGUUGUCUCUUUAAAGUUUCAGUUCAGAAUGUCCUCAGUCACAGCAAUGUCACCAAAGAGUUCAAUGUGCAAGAGGAGGUCCAAGAGGUGGACUUUGAAAUUGAAGGAAAGACGCGUCCCUUUUAUCUCACCACCGGUGCUGCCGUUCGACUCCAUGGGCGUAUCGGGAAGGGUAGUGAUCUGCACUGGGACUGGGAAGGUAGAGGUGGCGUGUGUUUUAAUGCUUCUAAUCAGACCUUUGGCCACACUUUUCCAUGUGCAGGCAUCUAUCAGGUGUCUUUGAAUGUCUCCAAUGGGAUAAAUUGGAAGAUGAUUUCACACAGUGUCGCAGUUGAGGAUGCAGUCAAAGGACUAAGGCUGAACGUUUCAGAGUCUUCUUUCUGCACCGAGGAAGAGGUGACUUUCACUCCCACCGUGUCCAAAGGAAGCAAUGUGAGCUUUGCUAUAACAUUUAGAAACAAAGACUGGAUUCAUACUCGGGAUGUUCUUGAAGGGCGCUUCACCACAUCAAGCCUCCCAGCAGGGACACAUCUGGUUACAAUGAGAAGUUGGAACCAAGUCAGUGAUGCGGAGGUAUCAUCCAGCAUCCUGGUCACGAAGCAUAUUCAAGGUUUGCAACUUGUGAACUGUUGUUCUGGUCCUCUCGAGGCUCUGCAAGGAAUCGUGUUCAAGGCAGAAGUUCAACCAGAGUUUCCAGUCAACUACACCUGGAUGUUUUAUUUGGUGGGGUCUGAGCCCACCUGGCUCACGGGGCAAGAAGUGAUCUUUACUCCAGCAGAGAGCGGUUCAUUGGCUUUUAGCGUGCUCGCCACCAAUGGAAUCUGCUCCCAGACGGUAAAUGGCACCGCCACAGUUCAGUGGCCCGUUAAGAAGGUCGAGCUCGUCUGUCAAUCAGAAAGAAUAUUCGUUGGGCACGCCGUCGAGUUUUCUGCAAAAGCGAAUCGAGGGAGCGAUCCCAGAUACCUCUGGUACUUUGGAGAUUCAGCGGAAGCAUUUGCGACAGACUUGAGCACGGUCAACCAUACUUAUUAUAUUCCUGGGAGAUACAGUGUCACGGUCAAAGUCCUCAACCGGGUCAGCAAUGUGUCCACCCAAAUACACGUGGAGGUGGAGCAGCCCCGGUGUUCCAGCCCUCAAGCUUCUCUUGUCCAGAGCCAGACUACCAUCUUCAGGUCCAGGCAGAGCAUCUUUGAAGCGAGCGUGGACAUCAACUGCUCUGCGUACAAAGCCAUGUACCUAUGGGAGGUACUCAAAGAGUCAAAUUGCACUGGGUUAGAACUCUCUGGCAUCAAAGUAGCUCUUGGGAGUCAGGUAGACGCGACGUCCCCCUUUCUCUUACUCCCGAAGCAUACCCUCGGUAUGGGACGGCAUUGCCUCAUAUUCACGGUUUCGCUCCAGGGAACUCCUCUACUCGUCAGACGGAGAACCGGCGUUACCGUGGUCCGCUCGCCGCUGGCGGCCGUCAUCAAGGGAGGAUCGCACAGACUGUGGCCCAGCCUCAGCGACCUCAUCCUGGACGGAUCUGAGUCCCAAGACCCCGACGUUGAGCCAGGAGUGGAGGAUACACUGCUGUACCACUGGGCCUUCACGCCAGUGGUGACAGUGUGUGACGCUCCGGUGCUUCCUGUGGUUGUGGAGUGUGUGUCCUGCUCCGUCCUGUCCUCCCCUCACCACAUCAGUUACAGCAGCCCCGUCAUCCUCUCUGGACAAUGUGGACAGUGUGAUGACCAGGCUCAGUACGAAUGGAGGGCUGAAGACCAAGGCGGCGUGACCCUCGACCUUAACGAGGCGUCCACUUCUACGGGGAGGCGUUCUCCUAACUUGGUGAUGCGUUCAGGGGUCCUGCAGGCAGGCCAGAGUUACACCUUCACUCUCAAUGUGUCCCAGCCGGACAGAGGGCUGUGGGGCAGCGCCAGCCUGACGACGCGACCGAACAAGCCGCCACACGGAGGCCUUUGUGAUCUCAGCCCGGAGUCAGAUAUACGUCUGCUGGAGACGGUCGUCACCUACAGCUGCUCAGGGUGGCGAGAUGAAGAAAGCAGGGCCUCUCAGCUGAUCUAUACCUUCCAGGCAGCACCGUGCCGGUCCACUGGCACGAUAUGCCCCCUGCUCACUUUGUACAGGGGUACCCGAGCAACAUUUGGCAGCCUGGUUCCGAUGGGAAGUCCCGAGAAAGGAAAAACCACGUCGGUCAUCACGGUGACUCUGCUGGUAGAGGACCACCUGGGGGCAAAGGUCAUUGCUCUGAACAGAAAGUUGACGGUUGAAACUCCGCAGAGGGACGAAGUUGCCAGCCGGUGGCUGAGAAACAAGAGCCAGGUAGAGCUGUGGGCUCUGGUCCAACAUGGCAACCCUCAAGAGAUCAUCCCUUAUUCCAUCGCCCUCACCAGCCAGCUCAAUCAGAUGACGUCCGGUCGGACCGCCGCGGAGCUCAUGGACAGAAGGGAGAUCCGCGAAAAUGUGACCCGAGCCCUGGCCUCUCUCCCCGUGUCCUCGAUGUUCAACGUCCAUCAGAUCAGCUCGGCGUUGUCUCAGUCCACUGCGGUUCCCAGUGAAUUGGUUUGUGAGAAGUGCCAGCAGCAGGUUCUGGAAGCGGUGGGGAGGAUGAUCCAUGUCCUGGAGGAACAGAUGAGUCCGGGUGUUGUGUCGGCUCUGGAAACAGGGCGGGACAUCCUGAACAUCAUAGGCGGCACGCUGGCGGCGGCGGCGGAGCCCGCCAGUCCUCGCCCGGCUCCCCCCGGCACCCCGCAUCCGGCUCCCACGACCGCCCUGUCGGCGCUCGGCCACGCCGGGGCCCUGAUGCGCUCUCUGCUGCGCUCACGUGUCCGUGGCGAGGCGCCCCUUUCGCUCUCCACUCCUUAUAUCGACACGGCGGGUUUCCAAGGAGACCCCUUCGACCUCCUCUGCGGCCAGAAGUCCGACCGAGACCGCCAGACCCCCCCGUGUCGGUUCCACAUCCCGGCCUCCCUCGCCGCUCGCCUGAAGAGUCGGGACUCCGAGGUGGUGCAGGUGCUGUUUGGCGUGGGCGCGGCGUUGUUGAGGUCCAACCCGCUGCUGACCGCGGCCGACCCUCCGAUCUCCACGGCUCUGGUCGCCAUGGAGCUCACCACGCCUCGGGGCCGGCCCAUACCCGUCCAGGACCUGGAGCCCAACCAGGCCAUACGGGUCAUCCUGCCCAACGAGUACCCCGUGGGACGGGACGACGGCGGUGGAGGUGAGAGGGGAGGCGGAGCCGGCAACGGGACGUGUCUCACCGCGACGCUGCCCGCCGACGGGAGGUUGAACCUCACAGUCAGAGCUGUGGGCGGACUGGACCCCAGCGCAGGUUUAUACAUCUCCUUCCACUUCAGCCUGGACCCAGGAGCUCCUCCAGUGAGUCUGGGACGAGUGAAGAUAGAAGUGAGCUCCGCGGUGCCGGGGGCCGACGCCCUGGUGAGGGUGUGGCCCCUCGCCCUCUCGGCUGCGACCGCCUCCGUGGAGGAAACCCUCUUCCUGACUCCACUCUCGCUGUGCCGCUACUACAGCGUGGCGGAGAGGCGUUGGAGCAGCGAGGGCCUACGGCCACUAGAGGGCAGUACGCUGCACGCGGCGCGCUGCCUCACCCGACACCUCACCGUAUUCGGCGCCAGCAUGUUCGUUCACCCCGGGGCCGUCGUGCUGCUGCCGCCGCCAGGCGGUCCCGUGCGUAACGUGCUGGUGGGGAUCGUGUGCGGCGUCCUGGUUCUGGUCCACCUGCUGGUCGGGCUCAUCGCCCACAAGCUGGACCACCUGGACGGCGUGCGGCUCGGCCAGGUGCCCCUGUGCGGCCGGCCGGGCCCGCACCACUACCGGGUUCUGGUGGAGGAGCAGGUCAGAUUCCUCUCCCUGACGUGGUCGGCGCCCCCUUCAGGCACCACGGCGCACGUCGGCGUCCGCCUGUACGGCGCCACCCAGAGCGGCUCUCGCCACCUGCGGCGGGGCGGGGCCUUCCAGCGCGGCGGGCUGGACCAGUUCCACCUGGAGACGGACCUCAGCCUGGGGGACGUCUGGAAGAUCCGCCUCUGGCACGACAACACGGGUCUGCAGCCGUCGUGGUACGUGCAGCACGUGGUGGUCUGGGACCUUCAGGCCGACCACCUGUUCUUCUUCCUGCUGGAGGACUGGCUCUCCGUGGAGAAGCAGAAGAACGGCUGCGUGGAGAAAGAAGUUCUGGCCUCAUGCCCCGAGGAGCUCUCUCAGUUCCGGCGGGUCUUCUCCUCCCAGCUGGCGUUCGGGAUGGUGGAGCGCCACCUGUGGCUGUCGCUAUGGCAACGGCCGGCCCACAGCCGCUUCACCCGGGGCCAGAGGGUGACGUGCGGCGCCCUGGUGCUGCACCUGUACCUGGCACUGGGGGCGCUGUGGUACGGGGCCGUGGGCGCCGAGGGCCACAGGGGGCCGGCCUCGGCCCAGCUGCCGGUCAGCCUGGAGGCGGUUGCCGUGGGGAUGACCGUUGCCGUGCUGGUGUUUCCUCUCCAGUGUUUCCUCUGUUUCCUGUUCAGGAAAUCUCACAACCAGGUAACCGUGGACCUAUCGGCUCCUCCCUCUCCCGCCUGUCACUCCGUGGAGAUGGACGUUCACCUCAGCCAAUCGGCGCUCUGCGGCUCCUCCUUCCUGUCUCUGUCCGGCUCCUCCGGCGAAGACAGUCCUUCAUCUUUACUGGAGAGCAAAGCAUUCGACUCCAGCAUCCUGGACUUUUGGGCCUCGUCCGGCUUGGCGCCCGCCGCCGCCGCCGGGGCGCGUCGAGAGGAGGGGGGCGUGGCCACGUGGCCGUCCUGCGACAGCCUCCCCAACCUCCCGUGCCUCGGAGAGAGGCCUUCGCCGGCCCCGGGCCCCGCACGCCAGCUGAGGAGGAAGAAGGCCCUGACGCAGCUCCGGCUGGCCCCGCCCCCAACAGACAUCUCCGGUUCCCGCCGAUCGGCUCGCGACAACAACCUGACGACGCUCCUGAGUCUGUCCGAGGAGGACCUCCUGACGUCUAUAGCCGAUACGACGAGCAGCGGCUCCGACAGCGGCUGGGACUCCCCGAGAUCCACCUCGCCGCUGUCCACCGCCCGGAGCUCCUCCCACGGCGGCUGGUCGGAGGAGGAGCUCCACGGCCUCCGCCGGCGUCCCUCCGUGGACUCCAUGGCCAGCACCUUCCUGCCGAGCCCGCCUCCCGACUCCUCGCGCUCCUCCUUCACCACGCGCAUCGGAGUGGCCCGGGGUCGGCCCGGCCGGCUCCUCCCCCCCUGGGCCCUGCGCGUGGUGUACCCCGCGGUGGCGGCGCUGCUGGCCGCCUGCCUGCUCGUGGUCGGCCUCUACGGGAGCUUCCUGUCCCGAGCGGCGGUCCUCAUGUGGCUCGUCUCCGCCCUCUCGGCCUUCCUGGCCUCCGCUCUGCUGCUGGAGCCUCUCAAGGUGUGCGCCCAGGCCCUCGUCCAGGCGGCGCUGUGGAGGCCCGUGGACGCCGAGGUGGAGGAGCAGCUGGCUCAGCAGAGCGCCGUGGCGAGGGCGGCGUUCGGGGAGCAGGGGGGAGGGGAGGUCCGGCCGCCGUGCGGCUUCGGCCUGCUGCAGGCAGAGGAGGCGCGCAAGGCCCGGGCGCUGCGCUCCCUCAUGACGCGCUGCGUGUGCCAGCUGUUCUUCCUGCUGCUGGUGCUGCUGCUGAACUACCAUGACGGGGUGGAGCGGCGUCAGGGCCGCCUGCUGCUUGAAACCGUCCUCCUGGGGAACGGCAGCGCGGCGACGCGCCGCCUGCUGGCCGACCUGCGCGUGGCCGCCUGGGGCGAGACACGGGAAGCGGACCGGUUUGAGACCCUCUCUGUGGACUUCACUCACCACCACAGAGAGUCCGGCUUGUUUGUGUGCGUGUCCGUGCAGCUGGAGUGGACUCAGACGCGCCGAGUCACACACUCUCUCUCCAUCCACCCGCUCCUCAUCCCUUCAUCCCUGUCCGGACUGGACCUGCAGGUGGCGCUCACGGUCCUCCUCCUCCUCGCCGCUCUCCUCAUCUUGUCCGGGGAGCUCUGGUCCGUGGCCCGGGGUCGGCCUCGGGGUCACUGGUUCCAGCUGCUCCUGGCCUUGUUGUCCCUGGCGACGGCUGUCCUGCAGUUCUGCUCCCUGUCCCGGGCCUCCUGCUGUGUCUCUGAACUUCGAUCCCAUCCGGACGGCUUCGUGGACUUCCUCGGCGCCGCCCUCCUGGCGCGGCGUUGUUCUCAGAGCGCCGCCGUCCUGCUCACGCUCCUCGUCCUCAAGCUGCUGGGGACCCUGCGGUUCGUGCGGCGGUGGGUGGUGUUCGGCGAGGUGCUCCGGAGGGCCCGGCGGGAGCUGCUGGCCGCGGCCGCCCUGCUGCUGCUGCUGCUGCUGCUCUGCGCUCACCUGGGGACCGCGCUCUUCUCCCGCUCGGUGGAGGGUUUCCUGUCGCCGCGGCACGCCGGGGCCUCGGUGCUGUCCGUCCUGCGCGGCCGGACGGUUCUCCGGAGACUCUGCGGGGUCCACCCGGUCCUGGGCCCCGUCUACGGGCUGCUGGUGAUGGGGGGGAGCGUCUGGCUGUUAGCCAGACUCUGUGGAGCGGUUCUCCUCCGCACAUACAGGGCGGCGCAGGCCGAGCUGCACCGUCCGCCCGUCCAACCCCAGGACUACGAGAUGGUGGAGUUCUUCAUCAAGAGACUCAAGCUGUGGAUGGGACUCACCAAAGCCAAAGAGUUCAGGCACAGGGUGAAGUUCAAAGGAAUGGACGUCGCCCCCUCCAGGUCCUCGCAGGACUCCCGUCUCUCUACCCCGUCCUCGUCCCGCUCCCCUUCCUCGCCCUCCUCCCUAUCACCCCCCCGGCCGCCGUCCUCGUCUCUCUCCGCGAGGUCCGAGGACUCGUCGGGGUCCGACGGCGGGUUUGACGUGCGGCCACACCUGGACCGCCUGCUGCCCGGCGUCAGCGCCUUGCUGUCUGGAUUCGACCGGGUCAAUCGGAUAACUGAGGACGUCCACGACCUGGAGACGAGGCUAGAAGAGGCUCGGGCCAGGAGGAGGAGGAGGAGGAAGUGGAUCGGCAACGAGGGUGGAGAAAUGUUGGGAGAACCGGAGAGGCCAAAGGAUCCAGAAGGAGAAGGAAGGGACGCGGGAGAAGUGAGACACAGGAAGCGAGGCGUUUCCUACCCUGAGCCGAGAGUCUCCCUUCCAUCCUCCUUCUCCUUCGCCUCGCCCUCCUCCGCGGCCUCGGCGUGCCGGUACCCCCGCACACGUAGCACCGAGUCCGAACCGGCGCCGCUCCGGCCUCGCGCCUCGAGCAACAUCCACGCUCCCGGAGCGGCCGAGCUCUCGACGGGGCUCUCCGGCUCGGGUCCCGCGGACUCCCCCGGACGCGGCGGGUUCCCCCGCAGGAGGGCGUGGCAUUCUGGGAGCUCUCACUCGGCCGACGCGGCUCACCGGAUCCUCCACGCUCCUCAGGGCGGAGGCGUCGCUCCGUGUGACGUCGGAGGGGACCUGUUGGCGUUCGCCAACACCGGGCCCGGGAGCGAUGAGGGGGUGAGACGGCACAUCCGCGAUGACGGAGUCCCCGUGAAGAGGAAGGCCUGGACUGAGCAGGACUGA